GGUGCUGAUCUGUCGUGGAUGGUCAACGUCAAUCACAGCGGCAAUGAUUUUGAAUAGUUGCUUGAAAUCAAUCCUUCUGUUCUAUUUAUCAUCAACAGUUACCUCUAUUUGCCCUGACGGAUGGACAAAGUAUGACCAGUCAUGUUAUGCCGUGUACAAGUCGAAGUCUUCCUGGUUAGAUGCAGGGAGUUACUGCCGUGAAUUCGGGGGACAUCUUGCAACACUCAACACAACUCGUAAAGUGACGAACAUAAAAGCCUUUCUCAAUUAUGUAAACCAAAAAGAUAACGUCUGGGUCGGCGCUAGCGACCUAAGGACAGAAGGGCUGUGGGUGUGGGACAUUGACCAGGCCAGCUUCACAAACACUGACUGGCACCCUGGUCAACCGGACGGAGGCAGUCAAAAUUGUCUGGAGCUUUAUGAACCCACCAAGUUCACGUGGCACGACACCGUCUGCUCAAACAAAUUUGACUACAUAUGCGAACGAAGAUCCGAAGCCGCCCUCUAACUUAAUGUUCUAUCGGCAGGCUACAUAUCGCCAGCACCGCAUUCCUGCCUAAAGAGAAUCGAUGUCUUUGUCAUCUGUAACGAAUAAAUGGGAUGAAAUCAUCAGUUA